AUGGGACUUCAGAGCCUUUACAAACUUGGCCUUUUCCUUGGAUUCGCCUCGUUGCUUCACGUAACGUACUCGGCAGCACAACACAGAACAUACAUCCGAAUAACCGAGCAGGAGUUCAAUUAUCUGCCGAUCGACAUCAUUCUGCAGGCGAUUUUCAGUUUAGUGCUAGUUAUUGUCAGUUUAAUGAAUACCAUUGGAGACUUUAAGGAAAUCCGGGCAGUGCAGACAAAGUCGUGGGAAACAGUGGCGAACCUGCCGUCAUUUUACACAUUCAAUCAUCGUGGAAAGACCCUCUUUUCGCCACAAAGCACGUCACAGUUACCAGUUGAUUACGACGAUUAA